UGAAACAAUGUCAGUGAUGAACAGAGAGGGAGGAGAGAGAGAGAUGAACCGCAGCCAAUGAUCCUUCAGCGGAGGAGCUGAUGAGGAGACGCAGGAAAAGCCUCACAGGGACGCUUUCAGGCUGAAAACGCGAGAGGAUGCGCGCGGAAGUCGGAUAUAGCCGUGACGAGGAGCUGUCGGGGGGUUUCGUCCAUUUAGGCUAUUAACUUUUGCUCAGUAGUCCGCGUCACGGGCGGCGCAGGCCGUCGGCUGGGUGGAUUACAGCCUCCAAAACACCGCGUCCCCAAUAUGAGAGCGAUGAGCUGAGGAGCAGCCGGAUUGAAGCGCAUGAUCAACCGCACCUUCCCCUCCCUUCAUGUCCUCGAACGGAGGGGAGAGCGCGUGGAUCCCGCCGCGGAUGCGCGGACUGAGCGGCAGCGGCUCGCGGCUGGAAGGUGGUACCCAAGCGUGGGCUCGGCGCUGAGGCAUGGGCUGCGCUCCCAGCAUCCACGUCUCUCAGAGCGGGGUGAUCUACUGCCGGGACUCGGACGAAUCCAACUCCCCCCACCAGACCACCACCAUCUCGCAGGGCACCGCCACCGCGCUGCACGGGCUCUUCAUCAAGACUGAUGCGGCCGAGAGCAUCCCCUCCGUCAUCACCUACCAGAGCCGCCACGCGCGCAACAACUCCUGCCGGGGUCGAACCCACGUCCGCAUCGAGGCCGAGACGCAGACCAGCAACAGCAGCGUCAAGGUUUCAGCGACAGAAGAAUGUCUUGGACCAAUGAGACUGACCCAGGAGCCAAUUCAGGUCCUCCUCGUUUUCGCUAAGGAAGACGGCCAGAGCGACGCCUUCUGGUGGGCCUGCGACCGCGCCGGCUUCAGGUGCAACAUCGCGCGCACGCCCGAGUCCGCUGUCGAGUGUUUCCUGGACAAACACCACGAGAUCGUAGUCAUUGAUGGGCGUCACUCACGCUACUUUGAACCCGAGGCUGUCUGCCGCAUGAUCCGCGCCACAAAGCCCUCUGAAAACACAGUUAUUCUAGCUGUUGUCCCACAAAAGCUGCCCGAGCAGGAGGAGCCGUCCGUUCUCCCUCUGCUGUGUGCCGGAUUCAGCCGAAGGUUCGUGGAGAACAGCAGCGUGGCGGCGUGCUACAACGAGCUGCUGCAGAUUGAACACGGCGAGGUGCGCUGCCAGUUCAAACUCAGGGCCUGCAACUCUGUCUUCACUGCUUUGGAGCAUUGUCAAGAGGCUGUAGAGAUCACCAGUGAAGACCACAUCCUGCAGUAUGUCAAUCCUGCAUUUGAGAGGAUGACGGGAUACCACAGGGGGGAGGUCAUCGGGAAGGAGCUGACCGAGCUUCCCAAGAGCGACAAGAACCGAGCCGACCUUCUGGACACGAUCAACACCUGCAUCAAAAAAGGAAAGGAAUGGCAGGGAUGCUACUAUGCCAGGAAGAAGUCAGGCGACAGCAUCCAACAGCAAGUGAAGAUCGUUCCUGUCUUCGGCCAAGGAGGGAAAAUUCGACAUUUUGUAGCCCUCAAAAGACCUCACUUUGACAACAAUAACCAGGUACACAAGUUCAACAAAGAGGAGCGAUGUAGCGGGGAGCAUUCUCAGUCAGAGUGCCAUUCUUUGCGCCACAGAGACCGGAGGAAAGACUCGAUCGACGCCAGAUCGGUCAGUUCCCGUGGCAGUGACGGUCCAAGUUUACAGAAUCGAAGGCACUCGUCCGUCGCCAGGAUUCAUUCGAUGACCAUCGAGGCUCCCAUCACCAAGGUGAUAAACAUCAUCAACGCGGCCCAGGAGAACAGCCCCGUCACGGUGGCCGAGGCUCUGGACCGCGUCCUGGAGAUCCUGCGGACCACCGAGCUUUACUCCCCACAGCUCGCCUCCAAGGAAGACGACCCCCACACCAAUGAUCUGGUUGGGGGGCUCAUGAAUGAUGGGAUGCGGAGACUCUCUGGGAAUGAAUACGUUUUCUCCAAAAACAUGAGCCAGAGUCAGCUGGCCAUCCCGGUCACCUUAAACGACGUGCCUCCGUCCAUCGCAGAGAUGCUGAAUGACGAGGAAUGCUGGGAUUUCAACAUCCUGGAGCUGGAAGCAGCGACUCACAAGAGGCCGCUGACUUAUCUCGGCCUGAAGAUUUUCACCAGUUUCGGCGUGUGCGACUUCCUGAACUGCUCGGAGGCCACGCUGCGCUCCUGGCUGCAGCUCAUCGAAGCCAGCUACCAUUCCUCCAACUCCUACCACAACUCCACGCACGCCGCAGACGUGCUGCACGCCACCGCCUACUUCCUGCGCAGAGAGCGGGUCAAGAGCAGUCUGGACCAGCUGGACGAGGUGGCGGCGUUGAUAGCGGCGACAGUCCACGACGUCGACCACCCGGGCCGGACCAACUCCUUCCUGUGCAACGCGGGAAGCGAGCUGGCCAUCCUGUACAACGACACGGCCGUGCUGGAGAGCCACCACGCCGCCCUCGCCUUCCAGCUCACCAACAGAGACAGCAAGAGCAACAUCUUCAAGAACAUCGACAGGAAUCAGUACCGAACGCUGCGACAGUCCGUCAUCGACAUGGUUCUGGCCACAGAGAUGACCCGACACUUCGAGCACGUCAGCAAGUUCGUGAACAGCAUCAACAAGCCCAUGGCGGCCAUCGAGGAGACCAGCACCUGUAGCGGGAACAGCGAGUCGGAGAGUCAAACCAACUUCAGGAACUCUGCGGAGAACCGCCUGCUGAUAAAGAGGAUGCUGAUCAAGUGUGCGGACGUGGCCAACCCCUGCCGGCCGCUGGAGCUGUGCAUCGAGUGGGCGGGCCGGAUCUCCGAGGAGUACUUUGCUCAGACGGAUGAGGAGAAGCGGCUGGGGCUGCCCGUGGUGAUGCCCGUGUUCGACAGGAACACCUGCAGCGUGCCCAAGUCCCAGAUCUCCUUCAUGGACUACUUCAUCACCGACAUGUUCGAUGCCCUGGAUGCCUUCGCCGGCCUCCCCAUCCUGAUGGAGCACCUGUCGGAGAACUACAAGUACUGGAAGACUCUGGACGAGGGGAGGUGUAAGAGCCUGCGGCCCCCGCCUCCGUCCUGACCUGCAGGAGGGUCCCCGGCGUGGUCAUGAUGGCGCUCUGAACCGUCUCCUGGCUGUUGAGGGGGGGGGGGCUCGUCAACCCCCCACCCACCCCCCCUCUCUGUAGCACCUCCGUGAACUGCAGGUCCAACAGCUCGCCUGACAAUCUGUACCAUACGAUGCACCUCGCCACAAAGCCGCACUUUAGCCGAUCCAGACGCCUGGAACCCCCCCCUGCGUUCGCUUUCCCCCUCCCUUUGUGUGUCACGUGGCGGAGGACAGACCAAGUCUGACUGGUUUCUAAUCACGAACUUGUGACGGUGCUCAGAAGGAUCAACUCCUCUUUUCCGUUUCUCUUUUGUCUCCAAGACCCAUGGAUGUGCUUCUGGGACCAGGUUCUGAUCAGAUUCACAAUAAAACACAAAGGGCUGGACGUUGAGGAAUCAGCUGUUUUGUGGUAGCGAAGCUAAAAAAAAAAGAAAAAGACCUUCUUCUCUUUAGUGAAAGCAGCGGAUGACGACAACGAACGAGUAGAGACGCACUGUAUUUUAGUUAGACCACAUUUCCUAGCUGUGACACGAACUGUAGAAGCUCCUUCUGUGGCGUUUGGGGCCUCGGAUCCAGAGUCAGUGUUCCUGUGAAGGCAAACCCUGCCCGGCCCCCCCUGCAAUUCCACACCAAACACACCCACUGAUGAUGAUGGGGUUGGUGCAGCGUGUCUGCCCCCUAGUGGCAGGAAAGACCCACUCCGAUCGUCUAAAGUGUCUAACACUUAAAACAAAAUCUGAAAACAUUCGAUUUUCUCACAUGACUAAGAUUUAAUGAAACAAAGUAGUUGAUUUAUAGAAGAAAACAUUCAUAAAAAAAGCCACAGGACAGUUUUUUUCACAGAAUGCCGUUAUAGGACUGAGUAACCCAGACUCACGUCGUCUUUCAGGUCACGAGGAUUUUUUUUGUAAAACCUAUAAUUUUUUUACAUUUUCUGUGCUAAAAAAUCAUAAAUGUCCCUUUUUACAAGUUGACACAAAUUGAGAAACGACUGCAUUUGAUUGAAUCUUCAUUCUCUGCUAAAUAUGUGCGGCCGGUUCAAACUUAGACUUUGCGAUGAAGAUUUUUCCAAAGUGGAAGCUAACAACCGGACGCUAACUUCAGCCACGUCCCACUUUCAAGGUGUGACGGAUAAAUAAAGCAAAAUACAAAGAGACACAUUAUUCUUCUUCGGUUUCCUCACUGAUUAUUUUCUCCCUUGUCCACAGUUUUAUGCUCGUUAGUCAGCUUUUUAUUUCUGGGCUUUUACUUUGGCGGUCCGAGCAGCAGCUUCAAGUCAUGUGACACGUCAAGAUAGACCGAUGUGGUGAACAGAAUCCGGUAGUUUUCUCAAAUAUAUCUUCCUUCGAGAUCAGAAAAUUGUAGUUGUUUUCCUCCCCGUUGCUGAGAGCUCUCUGUUUACACACACUCCCGCUAGCUUAUGCUCUCUGAUGCAUCAGGGCCGGAGCAUGGACCCUGUGGCUUUUUUUUUUCGACGUUUCUACGUCAACCAGCAUCCUGAUUUUACAACCAUUUGAUGACAUAAAUACUCGAAAAUGAUAUUUUAAGAUUCAUUUUCCUAAUAUUUGUUCUCAAUCAUCGUAAAACUGCCACAAAGGUUUUCAUCGGAGUGGGUCUACGCGGAGGAACAUUAGCGUCGGGGCAUUUCUCAGGUCAUUUUUCAGCUGAAAACCACUAAAAGGAAGCAACAGGAGGAUGUUUGGUGGUGGAAUCGAUAGAAACCCAUAAAAAAUCAUCCUAAGUGAAGCAGAGUAAACCAAAGGCACAGAGAGCUCUCGUUACCGGUGCCUUAUUCAAUUAUUCAUUCAUCCGUUCUUCUGUAUCGUUAUUGAAAAAAAGCCAUAAGUGUUUGAGAAUCUGGGGUUGAGGCUCACGCUGGCAUCCCGGCUCUGUGUUUCCAGCUCUGUAGUCACUUUACUGACAACGAAGGUCUGAAGAAACGCCUUAAUGCUGUCGCUCCGUCGCCGUGGUUGCACUGUAAGCUACCUGCUGAUUCUGUUCCAGCUUUGCUGUUUUUACCUGCUGCUUCCCAAAAGCUUCAUUUUCCUUUCCUUUCAUUUGGUAACCAUAACUUGAAAUGUGUUUCACCGCGGCUGCUUCAAACCAUCUCCAGAGGAUAUUUUUGUGCCGCCAAGUUUUCUCCUGACGAGGAGCUGAACUCUGCCUCCUCUGUGGACAAAGUGGGACCGCCGCCAGGAGGGUGGCGUCAACGUGACGACAGCCACAAAACAAUCACGGGAUUUUUAUGGAGGUGGUUAGAAUGCAUUGUACGUGUAAAAGCUUUAAACCGCCGUCACCUAAAAUGUUCGUAUCUCUGCGGUGUCUUUUAAUGUUUUCUGUUCAACACGAAAAUGUAUCGUGAGACGAUUAAAGCAGUUUGAAAUAUGA